AUGUCUUCCAAAUCGCAGAGCGUCAAUGGCUCUGAGAGUGAGUUCGAAUUUAUCGCAACUCCAAGAGCUGCUACACCCACAUUCGAGAAAUUCGAAGAAUGUGGUGUAAAGACCACGUCGUACCCAGCUAUUAAAAAUGCCCCUCUGCCAGCCGAUGGAUCUGGCAAUGACCAUUUCUCGAACAUUGCCCUUUUCUCUAUCCUCUUCUUUGUGCCGACAUAUAUGUCAUGGAAGAUUGGCGGAGGCAUGAAGACGAGCAUAUUCUUCGGGCUGUUCACCUCUGUCCCAAUCCUGAUGUCUUUCUGGUACUUGGCAUCAUCCUUCAGUCCACGCAAGAACGAGAAAGUCAACCUCCCGGGCCGCCCUAUCGAACACUACCUUACCUUCAAGAACCCAGAGGACAAGGCGAAAUAUAGUGGCAGGAACAAGAUCCCCAUGGAGACAUUCCAUGAAAUGUACUUCGACGGUCUGGUGGAUUUUAAUGGGGACGCAUUGGAGAUUAUGGAAUAUAGACACGACUGGGCGAAUUUCCGUUUCACGAUGAGCUUGUUCAAGCAUUUCUUCUUUACAUUCAUUCCUGAAGUCAUUACUCACAGUCGUUCCCAGGACGAGGAGCAAGUCCGCGACCACUACGACCGUGGUGACGAUUUCUACGGCUGGUUCCUCGGACCUCGCAUGAUCUAUACAUCUGGCGUAAUCUCUGACAUCAACAAAGAAGAAUCUCUCGAACAACUACAAGAUAACAAGCUUGCUAUCGUAUGCGAAAAGAUUGGUUUGAAAGAAGGCGAAAGUCUGUUGGAUAUUGGCUGUGGAUGGGGCACUCUGGCCAAAUUUGCCAGUGUCAACUAUGGUGCGCGAGCAACCGGAAUCACUCUUGGUCGCAACCAAACCGCUUGGGGUAACGCUGGACUUCGCAAGGCUGGAAUCUCAGAAGAGCAGUCAAAAAUCCUCUGCAUGGACUACCGUGAUAUCCCUGUUCCAGAAGGCAAAUACAACAAGAUCACUUGUCUCGAGAUGGCUGAGCAUGUUGGAAUCCGAAAACUGGAAAGCUUCUUGAGACAAUGUAACGACAUGAUGGACGACGACGGAGUGUUCUACCUUCAAGUUGCUGGUCUGAGAAAAUACUGGCAAUACGAAGAUCUUACCUGGGGCUUGUUCAUGAACAAGUACAUUUUCCCAGGUGCGGACGCAUCUUGCCCACUCAACAACUACAUCAGCGCAUGUGAAGGUGCCGGCUGGGAGGUUAAGGGUAUUGAUACUAUCGGCGUUCACUACUCUGCAACCCUCUGGAGAUGGUACAGGAACUGGAUGGGCAACGGCGACAAGGUCAAGGCUAAGUAUGGUGAGAGAUGGUACAGAAUCUGGACAUUCUUCCUCGCCUACUCCACCAUUAUCUCUCGUCAAGGAUCCGCUACUUGCUACCAGAUUGUCUUGGUCAAGAACAUCAACUCCACUCACCGAAUCGAAGGCAUUGCUAUUUUGCGACAGCAGCACGAUCUUGAGAUGUAUUCUGGGUCAAACUCCUAUCUGGGCGGCCAGAGUGGUCGUCCAGGCGGGCCCCAGCAAUUCAACUCUUUUCAACAGCCUGGCCAGCAACAACAACAACCACAGCAGCAUCAGCCUGGCUUCCUCAAUGCGAAUCCAACGGGAUAUGGACAAGCUCCUCUGCAGCAGCAAUACACUGGAUUUCCAAUGCAGAAUCAACAAACGGGCUUCCAAGCGCAGCAACAAAUACAACCCCAGCAGACCGGCUUCUCUGGUCAGCCAUCUCCAUUUGGCAAUGCGCAACCUCCACAGCAACAAAGCUUCCAAACAGGCGCUCCUCCUAUGCCGCAGAUUCCGCAACAGUUCCAAAAUCAGAAUCAAGCUCCUCCUCAACCGCCUGCCCCAGCGCCGAUGCAGAAACCUCAAGCAACUGGAUUUGCCCAGAUGGCUGACAGCUUCCGAACCACCCCAGCAGCUAGUGCUUCUCGAGGACGACGAGGCUCAAAGUCGAAGGCAGGCACCAAGAUCCCAAAUAUACGAUUGUCCUUUAUUACAGCUCAAGAUCAAGCAAAGUUCGAAACCCUCUUCAAAUCGGCGGUAGGGGAUGGGCAAACUCUUUCUGGGGAUAAGUCUCGAGAUCUGCUUUUAAGGUCGAAGCUGGAUGGAGACUCCUUGUCACAUAUUUGGACAUUGUCAGAUACCACAAGAUCUGGCCAGCUUCUUUUUCCCGAAUUCGCCCUGUCAAUGUACUUGUGCAAUCUCGCGUUGGUCGGAAAACCGCUUCCAUCCGUAUUGCCCGACAACAUCAAGAACGAGGUCUCGAGUAUGGUGGAUAUCAUUAGUUUUGGGGUAGUGGAUGAUGCGCCACAACCUGCAGCGCAAACGAAUGCACCCAACUUCAAUCGGACAAAUGCGGCCUCCCCUCCUACAAUUCAACAGCCGCAGCCUAUGCCUUCGAACUCGGCACUGCUCACCUCCCAAAUGACGGGCUUUCCUGGCCAGAACAAUUUCAAUCAAGGGUUUCAGGGACAAGGUGGAUUUCAACAGCCUGCGCAAACAGGAUUCGGUCAGCAAGGAGGCAUGCAGUCAAACCCAACUGGAUACCAGCAGAAUAUGUCCAAUCCCUCAGCUACUGGCUACUCCGGACCUCGACCACCAAUGCCACCUAUGCCGACUGGACUCAGUCCAGCUCAGGGGCUGUCUCCGGCGCAGACUGGUAUGGGUGGGAUGGUAGCACCUUUGAACAGUCAACCUACCGGAGUACCUGGGCAGUGGGGUCUGGUGAACGCACCUGCAAGUGGCUUGCCCAACAUUGACUUGCUCCAGUCAAGAAUGAUGCCUCAGCAAGGUCGUGAACAGGGUUCUUUCACAACAUCUGGUCUUGCUGGAAACGCUGUGAUUCCAUGGGCUGUCACCAAAGAUGAGAAGCAACGGUAUGAUGCAAUUUUCAAAGCUUGGGACGGUUUCAAUAAAGGUUUUAUCGGAGGAGAUGUGGCUAUCGAAGUCUUUGGACAGAGUGGUCUUGCUAAAUCCGACAUGGAGCGAGUCUGGACACUCGCAGACCACGGAAACAAAGGCAGGUUGAACAUGGAUGAAUUUGCAGUUGCCAUGCAUUUGAUUUACCGCAAACUUAACAACUACCCACUACCAGCUCAACUUCCACCAGAGCUAGUUCCACCAUCUACUCGAAACUUCAAUGAUUCUAUUGGAGCCGUCAAAAACUUGCUUCAUCAAGAAUCUGCCUUCCGAAAGGAUUCGGGGGCAAGCUUAUUGCCUCAGAAAACUGGAGUGAGCUAUCUCAAGAAUCACUCAUUCCGCGGUUCAAACAGUCCGGCAGCAGGGCGCAAGGAUGCUACAGUGUUCAAGAAUAACGAUGAUGAUGUUGGCUACAAAUCCAGUGCGAGAAGAAGACUUGGAGGCUCCGGUUCUCCACGGCCGGACUCGCCAUCGUCUACUACCUCGAGCGACGACUUGUCAUUAGAGCAACUAAGAAAAAGGAUUCGUGAGAAACAAGUUCUUCUGGAUGCAAUCGAUUUCAAGGAUGAGAAUGCUGCCGAUGAGGAUGAUGCACUUGACCGCAGGGACCGACGUGAAGCUGACGAUCUGUAUCACCGAAUCCGCCGCAUUCAAGAGGAUAUCGAUAGUCAUCCCGACUCUGCACUACGAAAUGUUGAUUCCGGCGCUGAACGACGUGCUUUGAAGCGUCAAUUGCAGAAUCUUACGGAUAAGCUUCCAGAGAUCGCUUCUCAGGUUCGACGGACAGAACGAAGUAUUGCGGAAGCAAGACUGGAGCUGUUCCGCUUGAAGGAUGCCAAAGCGCACCCUGGUAGUGCUUCCACAAUGGUCGGAACAGGACCAGGAGGGUCUGUUACGGAGUCUGAUAGACUAAAGGCUAGAGCCAGAGCAAUGGUACAACAGCGUACUGCCGCACUUACUGGUAAGAAGAUAACGACCAGCGAAGAAGACUUUGACGCCCCAAAGCGAUUGGAGGAAGAGAAUGUCAAGAUUAGAAACGAGAGAGAGCAAAACGAAAGCAUGGUCAAGCAGGUAGAAGAGGGCGUUCGUGAAUACUCCCGAAUUUUAGAGGACAGUCUUCAGGAGGGUGCCGAGAGCUCGUCGAACGAACACGAGAAGCGAAGAUGGGAGGAUGGUCUUGGUGUCGAGGAUGAAGUCAAAGAGUUCAUAUUUGAUUUGCAAAGAUCCAGCAGAUCAGCUAAAGUUCGGAAAGAUGAUCGUCGCAAUACCCGUGACGCUACCCGCUCGGAGCGACCCGAGCCAUCUCGUUAUGAAAGUCCUUCAAGCUCUGCCAGAGACGAGGCUCCAGCUGCGAAGCCUGCUGCUACACCGGCUGCAGGAGGUACUUACUCGCAAUACAAGACUCCUGAGGACCGAGCAGCCUACAUCAAACAGCAGGCGGAACAACGCAUGGCUGAACGUCUCGCUGCACUGGGAAUCAAGGCUCCAAGCAAAGGCGGGGAAUCAACACAGCAACGCCUUGAGCGAGAAAAGAAUGAAAGAGCCGCCAAAGUCCGACAAGCUGAGGAAGAAGAUAAUCGUCGCGAGGCCGAGCGACAAGCUCGACUGAACGAGGAACAGGGCAUCCCGGCUCCUAGCGCUGCACCAGCCGUACCAGAACCGAGAGGUUCAAAGAAGCCUCCACCACCACCAACUCGAAAGGCAGCAAAGAGUGAUGCUAGCGAGCGCAGGGCCGAGGAAGAGCAGCGAGUUUUGGAAGAGCAAAAGGCACAAAUUAUCGCCACACAGAGUCUAGAGGACGAUGCUGCACGACAAGAGCGAGAAUUCGCCGCCGCACGUGAAGCUGCCGAUGCCAAAGCAAAAGCUUUGGAAGAAGCAUUGAAGGCCAAAAAGAUAAACAAGGCUGAAGCGAAGCUCAAGAAGAAGGCUGCCGAGAAGGAAGCCAAGGAGAAAGAGGCAAGACUUGCUGCUCAGCGUGCAGAAAUCGAAGCCGCUCAAGCUCGCGAGAGAGAGCUGCAACGUCAACUCGAGGCAUUAGACGAUGAUGAUUCCGACUCCUCGUCUGAUGAUGAAGGCCCUCACCAAGCUACUCCUCAAGCGUCGACUCCAACGCAAGGCAGUCAAGAGCUCGAGCGAAAGGAAAUUUCUCCACCACCAGCUCCAGCUCCACCAGUUCCUACAAAGAUUCCACCAAUUCCUGUCGCUGCGAUAACUACAUCUAUACCAACAACUAGCCCUCAGGCGGAAGCCGAGACAAAGAAUCCGUUCUUGAAAAAGCUAGCCCAGACUGGCACCGAAACUCCAUCCAACACUUCUAAUAACCCAUUCCACCGCAUACCUUCCCAAGAAACACCCAAGGCACCGGAGCCUCUCAUCACCCAACCUACCGGUGCCCGAAACCGAGCCAGACCAGAGGAAGACGACUGGUCUGUUGUCGGUUCUGAUAAGGAAGAUGAUUCUUCUGACGAAGAAGGACCCGGAGCAGGCAAUGCUCGCCAUCUCGCAUCUAUUUUGUUCGGCACUAUGGGUCCUCCUCGCCCUCUCUCAGCAGCAGGAACCGGUCCAGGAUCAACCCCAACCAGUCCUGCACCAGCCAGAGAUUCACCCGCUGCUGCACCACCGCCACCGCCCAUGCCUACCGGCGGUGCUCCUCCUCCACCGCCUAUGCCAAAUGCUCCUCCACCUCCCCCAAUGUUUGGCGCUCCAGCUCCUCCCCCACCGCCACCACCGCCAGCCAGUGCACCUGCGGGAAUGCCCGCUGCUAGACCUCAAGGACUGCUAGGUGAGAUUCAAAUGGGGAGGCAGUUGAGGAAAACUGUUACGAAGGACUCUAGUACACCGGCGGUUGCUGGUGUGGUGUUGAAUUAG